CUCUAUAUUUUUCGAUGCUUUUCGACAUAGAAAAAAUCGCGGCCUUUUCUCUGGUUAACUCGGACCACGAGACCACGAGACCACGAUCACUUCCAUUGAUGAGCAGACAAGCAGCAACAGCGGCGACCUUCAAUUGGCCCAGAUUCUCUUUAUCUCUCUGGCCUCAGAAUUGGGUUCCCUCUUUGAUCUGAGUUUACUUCAAAAUUGGAAUAUCAGAUGAUGGACGAGAAAGGCCCGAUGGCAAGCACAAAAGGCACACAGGAAUUAGCAGUAGAGGGGUUAAAGCAUUUAGAGGACACCAUUGAGGCAGCAUAUCAGAUCAUCUCUUCCAUGAACGAGGAACUCUGCAAUCCUGCCUUAUGGUCUACAACAGCUGUGGCUCACUCUUCCAGUGUUAUCAAUCCUGAUGCUUCUGAUUCAUCGCAUCACUUAGAAACAGGUGGUGGAGCUCUUGAAGAGGCUCGUCUCCGUUAUAAGUCUUCUGUGGCUUCUCUUCGUGAGGUUCUUUCUGAUAUUCCUAGUACUCGGAAGUCAAACGCAUUUGAAUCGGGCUCCACCAGUGCUGGUUCAGAACUCCAAGGGAAUAAGGCUGAAAUUGAGAAACUAGAAGAGCGAGUCAUCAAUCUAAGAAAGGAGCUCAUAUGUAAGAACAAGCAUCUCAAGGAUCUUAUAGAUCAGCUUCGAGAUCUUAUUACUGACAUAUCCACAUGGCAGAGUCCUGGCCCCAUUUGAAAAUUUGGGAAAACAUUUAUAACAUGAAAAGCAGCUUCAGCAUUUAGGCCAUCAUCUGUUCACAGGAUUUCUAUGGUGAUGUAAUUUCUCUUAUGAAACCUUAAGAUGUACUAGAAUUUCUGUGAGUUGAGUAUACUGGAUUUUGUUUGGUA